AUGCUUCAUGCUUCGUCUCAACGUUUCAUAUCAACCUCUUCGCGUCUCCAUCAUACCCAUUUCCGUUUCCCACCAAAACCUAGCCGUUCUUUCUCUAAACCCCGCCAUAUUCAUCAGACCCAGAUCAUAUCACACCCGUCCUGUACCACCCACAAUGAAUUUCUUGAUUUCUUUGAACACAUUCUUCGGCAAUGCACUGGACAUAAACAGUGCAAACAAGUUCAUGCCCAAAUUAUCACCACCGGCACGUCUCAGUCGGAAUUCUUGGCCGCCAAACUUGUGACUGCUUAUGCACGCAUUGGGCUCAUCUUUGAUGCCCAGAAAGUUUUUGACACCGGCCCAGUUGAGGGCAGAUCAAACUUGCUCUUGUGGAAUUCAAUUCUUAGAGCUAAUGUCUCUCAUGGGUUCUAUGAACAAGCACUCAAACUGUAUGAUAAAAUGAAAAACCUUGGGGUUUUGGGAGAUGGGUUUACUUUUCCUUUGGUUAUUAGGGCCUGUGCGUUUAUGGAUAGGCUUAAGUUGUCCAAGAAUGUGCAUAGUCAUGUUUUACAAAUGGGUUUUCAGAAUCAUCUUCAUGUUGUCAAUGAGUUGAUAGGAAUGUACGGGAAACUUGGUCGAAUGGAUUGUGCCCGCCGGUUGUUUGAUAGAAUGCGUGUUAGAAGCUAUGUUUCGUGGAAUACUAUGGUCUCCAGUUAUGCUUUUAACUAUGAUUGUGAUGGUGCUACAGAGAUGUUUAGGAGGAUGGAGUUAGAGGGGUUGGAGCCAAACCCUGUGACUUGGACUUCAUUAUUGUCAAGUCAUGCUCGCUGUGGCCGCCGUGAAGAGACCAUACAGUUGUUUGGUAUGAUGAGGGUUAGAGGAGUUGGGACUACUGCUGAGGUGCUUGCUGUGGUGUUAUCCGUAUGUGCUGAUUUGGCUGUGGUUGACAGGGGUAAGAUGAUUCAUGGAUAUGUUAUAAGGGGUGGUUUCAAAGAUUACUUAUUUGUGGAAAAUGCUCUAAUAUGCAUGUAUGGAAAAUGUGGACAUGUAGAAGAUGCAGACAAAUUGUUUUUGGGGAUGGAAAGCAAGAACCUUGUCAGUUGGAAUGCUUUGAUCUCAUGUUAUGCUGAAUCUGGUUUGUGUGAUGAGGCUUUCACAAUAUUUUCCCAGCUGAAUAAUCAUCCAUUUAUGAGACCUAACAUCAUAAGUUGGAGUGCUGUUAUUGGAGGUUUUUCUUCCAAGGGACGAGGAGAGGAGUCUCUAGAACUCUUUCGGCAGAUGCAGAGUAUAGGAGUAAUGGCCAAUUCUGUCACUAUAUCCAGUGUUUUAUCUGUUUGUGCUGAAUUAGCAGUACUGAAUCUUGGUAAGGAAAUUCAUGGUCAUGUGGUUAGGGCUUUGAUGCAAGCUAACAUUUUGGUUGGGAAUGGCUUGGUUAAUAUGUACACAAAGUGUGGAAGUUUUAAGCAAGGGCAUCUAGUAUUUGAGAAUAUUGACAGUAAGGACUUGAUAUCAUGGAACACUAUGAUUGCUGGGUAUGGGAUGCAUGGACUUGGUGAGAAUGCUCUAAGAAUUUUUUACCAGAUGCUCGAAUUGGGAUUCAAGCCAGACAACAUAACAUUUAUUGCUGUUCUUUCUGCUUGUAGUCAUGUCGGGCUAGUCACUGAGGGUUGUCGCCUUUUUUAUCAGAUGAUUGAAAUUUAUUGUAUAGAACCCCAGAUGGAGCACUAUGCGUGCAUGGUUGAUCUUCUUGGCCGUGCUGGGUUAUUGCAUGAAGGAAGCAACAUUGUGAAAAACAUGCCAAUGGAACCCAACGCCCGUGUUUGGGGUGCCCUUCUCAAUUCUUGUAGGAUGCACAAAAAUACAGAUAUCGCAGAAGAAACUGCCACCCACAUUUUCAACAUGAACUCAGAAAUUACCGGGAGCUACAUGCUGCUGUCCAAUAUUUAUGCUGCUAGCGGGAGAUGGGAGGACUCGGCAAAGGUGAGGAUCUCAGCAAAGACAAAGGGAUUGAAGAAAAUCCGGGGGCUGAGUUGGAUUGAGGUGAAGAACAAAGUCUUUAUGUUUUCAGCAGGGAACACUAUGCAAGGAGGCUUGGAGUUAAUUCAUGGUAUCCUCAAAGACUUGGCGCUUCAAAUGGAGCGUGAGGGCUAUACACCCGAUAAGAGAAUCAUUCAACAGAACGUUGACAAAGAGCUGAAUCUUAUGGGUGAGGCAUAG